AUGAGCUUUCCUUUUCCCUUCAGGUUUUACUUGAACCUUGUCACAGAAGAGGUCAUAAACCCAAACAGAAACAUCCCGCUGGCAAUAACCUUCUCCAUGGUGACAGUGACAGUCUUUUAUGUGCUUGUAAAUGUGGCCUACUACACCAUGAUGACUCCGGCUGAGCUGCUGGUGUCUGAUGCCGUAGCUGUGACGUUUGCGAACCGUGCUCUUCAGGGAUUGGCUUCUGUGAUUCCCUUUCUAGUGGCCCUAUCCUGCCUUGGUGCACUUAACGGUGGUUUCUUUGGGUCAGCCAGGAUGCUGUUUGUGGGAGCCAGAGAGGGCCACUGGCCUCCAGUCUUUUCCAUGAUUCACAUCCGCAGACAUACACCAAUGCCUGCUCUGCUGUUACUGUACCCCUUAGUGGUUGUGAUGUCAAUCAGUGGAGAGAUCUACCAGCUCAUUAACUUCGUCUCCUUUGCUCGCUGGUUCUUCAUCGCCUUGGCAAUCUUGGGGCUGCUCAUCCAUCGAUAUCGCUUCCCCCACCACCCAAGACCUUUCAAGGUGCCCCUGGCCAUCGCAGUCAUCUUCACAGUGGUUAGCUUCUUCAUCGUGGGCCUGUCUCUGUACUCGGACCCCUGGAACACUGGGCAAAGCUUCGUUCUCACUCUGACCGGGGUCCCAGUUUACUAUGUGACCGUCUACCGCUAUCGCUUGCCCAAUAGAUGCAGCCGCAUCAUCAGUAAGUUGUACCAAAAUCUGCUAACUUGUCAUUUCUUAAGGGUUUUAUGAGAGAAUACACAAAACGGUCAGAUUUAUAGUUCAACAUGUCGGGGAAAGGUGUCGUUCCAUCUUCUGUACAGUAGUGGCAAAAUGGCUCCAAUGUGAUCACUGCAGGCAAUUAGCUGUGUCACAAUUCAAGGGCUGCAGCCUUUGAAGGACGCGGCCUUCGCGG